CCAUGGAUAGCGACUUUUGUUUUCAAAAGAAAGCAGAAAUGGAAAACAAAUCGAUUGUAGAUCCCAGAUUAAGCAACAAUGGAAGAAGAGUACUUGAAAACAGCGAAUCCUGUGAGAGCGGAAGCAGCAGUUCUGGUGAUAUGGAUGAAGGCAAAAAGAUCAUUAUGGUCAAAAUCCAGCCAGUUUCUGAACUACCAACAAAAAAAGAAGUGGGAGAUUCGGAGGCGUACUACUUAAAUUUUGAUUACCCUGAGCCCAAUAAGGUUCUUCCCACUCGAGCGCACCGAAGUCUUUAUCGGACUAAACCUCAAAAGCGUAGUGAUAAACUUUCUUCUUACCUUCCGCACCUGUCAUCGGGGAGCGUGUCUUUAGAAAAGAAACUGCCACUUUGCUAUCGCCUUGCCAUUAUGGAGGGAGUCAACGUGUACUUUAAAGGCAACGAUCUAGGAGAAGUUCUGAUCGAGGGGAAAGUUUACUUUUCUACAAGUAUAACUGUGAUGAAUUCUUGGAGCCAAGAAAAUGAAAGUAUAAUAUUAAAACUUCAUCACUUUGAAAAACUCGACACCGUCGUUGGGAAUCCGGCCAUUUUUAAUGGAGACUUAAAGGACAUUGUAGUUGAGGAUAAGUUACUUCUAGGAUGCAACAAGAUAAGCGAAGCUUUAAAAAAACAUGGAACUAUCAGAGAAUCGGACGCGACUGUAGACCUUUUUUGCUACCAAAUGAAGGAGACAUCGUAUCGGCGGGUUCCUCUUCUUGUGUAUACGCUGUGGGACUGCCAGCAGAGAAGCACAUCCUUAGAGCUGUACAUAAAGCAUAAUGAAGACGGUACGCAGGCGUAA